UAAAAAAUCGAUUAGUCGGUCGAUCGGCUCUUCCAAUAUCAAAGAAACCGACUAGGUCGAUGCUCAAUCCUAAUAGGUAUAUAUCUAUGUGUAAUAAUUGUAUUUGUUGUUUCUGAAUACAAUGUAUAAUAGUAUUCAAUUUGGAUUUUUUAUAAAAACUAUAUCCUAGGCUAAAAAGUGGGAAAGAGAUAAAAAAAAUCUUAACCACUGAGAGUUGAGAGAUCGAAGAAUGGCAUCGUCAAGUUGUUCUUCCGAAGUUUCAAACCGGCCCCAGCUUCCAUGGAAGUAUCGGGUGAUGCUCCGAUUUGCUCCUCUGUUCUUCCACAUUGCUUUCCGAUCGGAUUCCACCGUCAAUCGCCGGCUUCUCCAAUUUGUUGACCGGAAAGCCCCCGCCUCCUCCGAGCCACUCGACGGCAUUUCCUCUUCCGAUCUCACCAUCGAUACUUCUCGAAGCCUGUGGAUCCGAAUCUACACCCCCACUGCUCACGGCGGCGAUUCUCCCAAGCUGCCGGUUGUUCUGUUCUUCCACGGCGGAGGAUUCGCCCUCUUUCACGCCGAUACACUUGCCUGCGACGUUGCCGCUCGCCGGUACGCCGGAGAGUUACGCGCCGUCGUAAUCUCCGUCAACUACCGCCUCGCUCCGGAGUUCCGAUUUCCGUCUCCGUACGACGACGGAUUCGACGCUUUGAAAUUUCUGGACGAAAUCGACGACGGCGUGCUGCCGGCGGCGGCCGAUCUGGGCCGUUGCUUCAUCCUCGGCGAGAGCGCCGGCGGGAAUCUGGGGCACCACGUGGCGGUGAGGGCGAGCGAGUACGCGUCCAAGAAGGUGACGGUUGCCGGAUUUGUGGCCGUGCAGCCGUUUUUCGGCGGAGAGGAGAGAACAAAGUCGGAGAUCCGGCUGUGUAAUCAGCCUCCAUUCACUCGGGAAAUGGCGGAUUGGUUUUGGAAGGCGUUUUUGCCGGUCGGGUCGGACCGGGACCACGCGGCGGCGAACGUGUUCGGACCCAAGGGAGAGGACAUUUCCAGGAGGAAGUUUCCGGCGACGCUGAUUUUGGUCGGAGGAUUUGAUCUGUUAUGUGAUCGACAGAGGAUGUAUGAGGAGUGGCUGAAGAGAUCGGGAAAGAAAGUAGAGCUUGUGGAGUUUUCAAAUGCAAUUCAUGGAUUCUCCGGCCUCCCGGACCUGCCGGAAUAUUCUUCCAUGAUUAGAGAGAUGAAGAAUUUCAUGGAAAGGGCUCCAAAAUUUUAGCUAUUUUGGCUUAAAGUUAAAAAGUUUCUUUUCUAAUACUCAAUUAUCCUUUGUUUGGGAAAUUGACUCUUCAAAGUUUUUUAAAUGCUCAAGUUUUUUAAAUGCUCAAAUGA